AUGUCGUAUUUUUGUCCAUUUUUUAAACGUUCGUAUUCACCUGAAUGUGUUGAAGACCACUUCAAAACCACCACCAUCAAACACAACAACCAUGCAGCGCACCAGCUAACCACCACUAAUCAAACAUCAUCCACACAACAACCCACCAUCACCACUGACAACCGCACCAACCAUCACCAUCACCACUACAACGCACCCAGCCAAUGGUCACCAUCAUCCACUACAAACCACCCCACCCAUCACGACUACAAACCACUUCAGUUCACCACCCACCAUCAACAUCACAACCAUCACCCGACCCCACUAACAAAACCACCCACUAUCAACAUCAACCCACCACAACAUCCCAUCACCACUGGAACUACCACACAUCACCAUCACCACUCAAACAACCACAUCCAUCACCACUCACAAACCACCACCAUCCACACUACAAACCACCACUCAAACCACACCCAUCAUCCACCAUUGCCAACCAACAACCCACCAACCAAUCAUCAAGCCACCAACAGGACCAUACACCAUCACCAACACCACUACAAACCAUCAACCGAUCGACUCACUGACAAACCACCACAGUGGCCACCAUCACACUAA